ACGGGCGAAGGUGACCCGAUGAGAAGAAGCCAAAAGGGGCGGGUGAAGGAACAGAACAGAACCGAGCAGAAUAGAACCUCCCAGGCUUUGACACAGGAGCACCCUGCUGAUUUCUUUUUUUUUGCCACCCUUACACAUUGUAAGGAAACCCCUUAGCCAGGCAGGCAGGCAAGCAAGCAAGCAGGCAGGCAGAGAGACAGAGAGACGGACACCCCAACCCCAACCCAGACCCAGAGUUAGACAGAACACCCAACGAUUAGAGCCAGUGGCAAAAGGCGACGAGAGGGAGACAAGAAGCUGAUAUAGGAAGCGAGAGCCGAAAAAGAGAACUGUUUUGAUAUAAACACAUCUGUUUGGCUGCAAACCCCGUGCUUCCGUCCCACCACAACACACCACACCAACCCAACACAACCUGCCCCCGCUGCCAGCACAGCACAGCACAGCAGCCACCCACAAUGCCUCAGAGCAAUGAGGUCGUGAGCCGGAGCUCGGAGAUGAGCAAGACCCAGACGGGUGUAGGGGAGGGCUACGGCGGCCCCCUACCCAGCAAGAAGCUGCUGAUCCCGGGCAUGGGCAACAUCGGCUCCCUGGGUGGCCCCCUGAGCCCCACCUCCCCGUCCAGCAUGGAAGCCGGCGGGGACCGCGUGGGCCUGCUGUCCGUGCGGCCAGAGACGCGCCUGUACCACCGGCGCUGGGUGAUGCUGUUCCUGUUCAGCGCCUACUCGGCCAGCAACGCUUUCAUGUGGCUGCAGUACGGCAUCAUCGGCAACAUCUUCAUGAACUUCUACAACAUCGACUCGCUGGCACUGGACUGGCUCUCCAUGAUCUACCUGGCCACGUACAUCCCGCUCAUCCUGCCCGUCAUGUGGAUGCUGGACAGGAGAGGCUCGCGGGAGGUGGUGCUGACCGGCGCGGCCUUCAACUGCAUCGGCGCUUGCAUCAAGCUGGGCAGCGCGGAGCGUGACAUGUUCUGGGUGACCUUUAUCGGGCAGUUUGUGUGCUCCGUGGGCACGGUGUUUGUGCUGGGCAUCCCGCCGCGACUGGCAUCGCUUUGGUUUGGAGAGCGCGAGGUCUCCACUGCCUGCUCCAUUGGAGUGUUGGGUAAUCAGCUUGGCAUUGCCAUCGGCUUCCUGGUUCCCCCCAUCUUGGUUCCCAAUGUGGAGGACAUGGAGGAGCUGGCGCACCACAUCCGCAUCAUGUUCUACAUCACGGCAGGCGUGGCCACGCUCUUGUUUGUCCUGGUGGUCAUUGUCUUCCAGGAUCAGCCAGACAUUCCCCCGACGCAGUCCCAGGUGACGGCGCGGGCCAUCCCCCCGGAGGAGUACUCUUACAUGGCCUCUAUCAAGAGGCUCGUCUGCAACAGGCCCUUCAUCCUGCUAGUCAUAAGCUACGGUCUCAACGUUGGUUGCUUUUAUGCUGUCAGCACACUUCUCAACCGCAUGAUCAUAGAGUACUAUCCAGGUGAGGAGGUGAAUGCUGGCAGGAUUGGCCUCACCAUCGUUAUCGCUGGCAUGGUGGGCUCCCUGAUCUGUGGAAUCUGGCUCGACCGAACCAAAACCUACAAGCAGACCACGCUGGCCGUCUACCUGAUGUCCUUCAUCGGCAUGAUCCUGUUCACCUUCACCCUUGACCUGGGCCACUUGUGGGUGGUCUUCGUCACUUCUGGAGCCCUGGGGUUCUUCAUGACGGGCUACCUGCCUUUGGGCUUCGAGUUUGCCGUGGAGCUCACCUAUCCAGAGUCGGAGGGCACGUCUUCGGGACUGCUCAACUGCUCUGCACAGGUGUUUGGCAUCAUCUUCAUUAUCUGCCAGGGGAAGAUCAUCGACUCCUUUGGCAUUCAAGCCGGCAACAUCUUCCUCUGUGUCUUCCUACUCAUUGGCACCAUCAUGACUGGUGUGAUCAAGUCAGACCUGAGAAGACAAAGGGCGAACACACUGGCCAAGGAAGCUGCGGAGAAAGAACAGCUGCAGGGCACGGACUACGGUGCCACCGCCCUGAUCACCCCUCCUCCACAGAUCUGAUCAUUAACCCCCCCUCCCCUCCCGCUCCUCCACCCCUCCACCCCAUCCCCGUCUCCUCACACCUUUUUCCCAUUGAUAUCCCCAUCCCAUCCCAACCCCAACCCCCCGUCCCCUAUUCCUACCCUCUCAAAUCUUCACUUCCACCCCGCCACAUCCAAGGCAAACCGCAAUGGGAAUAUUCAAUCCUCCGACAUAUUGUCUGAAGCCAGGCUGUAAAGAAGGUGUGGGCGCCCCCUCCUGUUUUACGGAGGGGUAAGCCACAUCGUGCACUAAAGCAGACUUGAGACUCUGGAAUCAUCUCCCAGCACACACACACAUGGGAAAAAAUAUCCUACGCUUGUGGGACUUUCACGUUGGUUUAACAGUUCAACCGUCGUUACAGUAUUAGUCUCUUUUUAAAAGCUGUGACAAAAUUUCACUUGUGUUUUGUAGUUUUGAUCUUUUUUCUAUGUUUUUUUGUCUUUUUUAGUGCCAAGUGCACCAUUUAAAAAAAAAAAAAAGAUCCUUUUGGUAUAUUUUGUGUGUCAUACUCUGGAAACGGAGACGUUCACCAGAUGGAACUAUGGGAUCUUUUUGUCUCGUCUUUGUCACCAGGACACUUAUUUCCUUUUUUUGUCAUUUGUAAGGGGUGUAGGGUUUGUAAUUUAUGUAUUUAAAUAUGUAUCUAUAUAUGCAUAGGCCUAUAUAACCGACAUAGUCUGUCAGUCCCUCCAGUUUUUUUUUGCGAUUCAGUGCAACAUCUGCCGGUAAAUGUUUUACAAAAAGCUGCACAUACCUGUACUGCUAUUUGCCGCAUAAAUUGCACAACAGAAAAUGCAGAAAAUAAUAAUCCUUGAUGUGAAUUACAAGUAGAGGAAAUGAUUAAGCACUACAAGGAUGAAAGGGCAAAAAAAUAUGAAAAGGAAAAAAAAAAAGUUUUCCAUUUAGUCCUCUUAAAUCAUGUACUGUCAUUUCAUCACUGGUCUGAGCGCGACUUAAGCCAAGCCUUGAGAUUUCAUUUUAUCUACAUUUCAGUUGCUAUAUAUGGAGUAUGGUAUGACAAACGUAUGCUUGUGGAAGUUAUCAGAGAUGAUGGUAAUAACACAUCUCCUAUGCAUGCAAUGAGCACACAAACAACAAAUGAUGACAAAGCACAUAAAAGAAUAGUAACAAAUUACUAAUAUCAUAAUCUUAAAAUAUAAAAUGCCCACAUGGAACAUCUAUGUGGGAAUGAAAUGGUCGUGGAACCACUGACUCAAAAAAUUAAGAGCCUUACUAUUUAUUGCCUCAACCCCUGCACUUAAAAAGGGGUGCCGUUGCCAAUAGCUAUCCUAGCUGGCUAAAAAGUCAUGCAGGCUCUGUAAACUGCUGUAUGAUCUGUGUGGUGGGACUUAUACUUUCUGAAACCAGGCCUCUCACUGGCAUUGAAAAGAACAAACUUUCUUGCAAAGUUUGGUGGCAAAAACCGACUUGCAAAUAUUUGAUGGCACAACGGAGGAAGCACAAUGAAGGAAUGACACACACACAAGCACACAAAUUGCGAAUCCUGGAGAGACUGAAUUGUAAUGUUUGAAAGAGAUGUAAGUGUUCUUGUUAGACUGAGGUUUUGACAAAGAAAAUGUAAUUUUUAUCUUACAGUGGUCUCACUGUAGUCCUUCUGUUAAGCACAUGACAUUGAUCAUUUUUUGUACCACCUCUGUGAAGUGAUUUUAAACUUUGCCAUGAAGUUAUGACUGUAAUGAUGAUAAGUCAAUAGUUUUAUAUGAUUGUGCUUUUUGUAAUUUGACUCAUUUUUAUCUGUUUGAGCAGGAAAAAAAACAAUGUGAAAUAAACAUGAAAAUGAAAUGA